GUGUUUGACAAGGACUGACGUACUCUAAGCCCUUUGAAUCCCGGAAGUCCAGAACACACCCAACCUAAUUGAUUGCAGCGUCCAGCAUGCUGGAGCGUAGGUAAAAGAAAAAGCAGACAACAUUUCAACAUGAGGGACCCACUGACAGACUGUUCGUACAAUAAAGUAUACAAGAGCCUGAAGGAGUUUGCUCAAAAUGGAGACAAUUUCUGCAAGCAGAUCACAUCCGUUCUUCAGCAAAGGGCCAACCUGGAGAUCAGCUAUGCCAAAGGGCUUCAGAAACUGGCAGUCAAGCUCAGCAAAGCACUACAGAGCACAAAGAAAAACUGUCUCAGCACUGCUUGGGCCUGGGCCUCAGAGAGCAUGAAAUCCGCAGCAGAUCUCCAUCAAAAACUUGGCAAAGCAAUUGAGUUGGAAGCAAUAAAGCCAACACACCAAGUCCUGAGUAUGCAAGAGAAGAAGAGGAAGUCGCUCGAUAAUGAAGUGGAAAAGUCAGCAAAUCUUGUUAUUAAUAACUGGAAUCAGCAAAUAAAGGCUAAGAAAAAAUUAAUGAUGAGUACGAAGAAGCAUGAAGCCCUUUUCCACCUUAUAGAAAGCUCCAAGCAAUCCAUGACCCAGAAGGAGAAGCAGAAGCUCCUCAACAAGCUGAAAAAAUCAACUGAAAAACUGGAAAAAGAAGAUGAAAGCUACUACCAAAAAAACAUGGCAGGCUAUUCUACUAGGCUGAAGUGGGAAAGCACCCUGGAAAAGUGCUACAAGGAUCCUCGUUUAGUACCCCGAAGCCAGAGCAGCAGAAACUGAGAGAAUGAAUGAGGAACAUGAAUUAUCGGAGCCGAGACAGGCUCUAAAUCUGCCAUCCCUUGGUAACUCUCUGACCGUACGUCCUUCGCCUGUGCCGUCAAACAGCUGGAGGCCCUCCAGAAUGUCUUGUCUCUCUAUCAACUAUUUUUAAACAGAAAGAACAAGACACUAGAAAGCAAUAACUCAUUAAAUGAGAUAUGGAUUUUUCCCCUUUGCACAGUGGAAUUUAUUUCUGCCUCUUUUCAUGAGCAAACACAAAUCAUUUUAAUGAUUUCCCUGAAAUGUAAUUAAAGCUGUUAAACAUUCCCAUCUCUACGAAGGGACACCAGUUAUUCUAAUCGCAGAUUGAUGCUUGUGGUUCUGUGCUUAUCGAUGUGAGGCAACAGCUGCUGCCCAGAGUGCGAUGUGUUCUAAGCCUGACUUUUAUUCCCAACCCCCACAUCCCUUACGUCCAUUUGCUAAGCUGAAACAGCUGAUUUCUAGAUUUUUUUUUUUUUUUUGGUUCUUUUUUUCGGAGCUGGGGACUGAACCCAGGGCCUUGCGCUUCCUAGGUAAGCGCUCUACCACUGAGCUAAAUCCCCAGCCCCGAUUUUUUUUUUUUUUAAAUAGGGUAAGGACUUUUUUCUUUCUUGAGGUGAUCCAAACCAGUGACCUGCGUUUGUUAUUUGACAUUUUAAUUCUGCCUUAGAGGGAUCAACAAAUUUGAUAGGCUAUUAUUUUGCCUCUUCAAUGCUUUAUCUGGAGACAAAAGGACAGUUGGUCUCAUUCUAUUGGCUGAUGCCUGUGAUUUUAGACAGAGUCUCAGGAGACACUAUCUCAGAGGCAUUUGGCUCCCUUAGCUUGACAAAAAUGGUGUAGCCAUCUAAUCAGGGGGUUGUGAGAAUGUAACUACAGACUUCCCAAAACCCAAAAUCUAAAUGUCUGUGUGUGGGCACAGAUGUUUGUUGUUAUUGUUGAUCCCUUGGUUGCUGCCAUUUAAAGAAACAACAAAAUGAUCUUACAUCAAUAAGCAAUUUAGCAUAUCAUCCGCUGGAAUAUCAUUCAGCCUUAAAGAUGUGUGUACGACGUGGAUGUGCUUUAUGGAUACAUUUGAUGAUUCUUCCUGCUUGAGACCUGCACUGGUCAAGUACAGAGAGUGAGAAAGUUGAGUGGCUGGGAGGAGGAGAAGAGAUAGGCAGUUAUUCCUUCGUGGGUAGAGAGUUUCCAUUUUACAAGAUGAAAAGUGCCACAGCAGUGCGAAUGUUCUUCAGAACAGUGAACUGUGUCUUUAAAAUGAUGUUGUUUAUAGUAUGUAAAUCUUAUCAUACUAAAAACAUAAACUGAAAUUGCAAACACAGAAGGAUAUAUCAACAAAUUAAAUCUAGCACACAGAUGUAGGGGAACUCCAAAGUGGAGCAGGCUAGUGGUGACCUUGAGACUUUCUGCUGCCCCAUCUGCUUACCAAAGCCUCCAUUACUGAGCCAUCGUUCUCACCUGUGGUAAUGAUACCCACCAGUUUUCCUAGAGCCUUGGCCUUAUCAAAACAGCAUGCGGAGACUGUCUCUGAUGUCUGCCAUCUCUGUCAGAGCACAUACUCAGGGCAUCUGAAGCCUGCAUUGUCCCAACAUGGCCUAAAAAUCUCUCCUGAGGCUUCACUUGGCCUCACUUUUGAACUUCUCUACCCACUCAAAAGCCACAAAUCAUCAAAUGUGUGGCAAGAGCCCAGUAACUUCCUCUAGAAGCUACCCGUGUAACCUUAACAAGCCUAACAAGUGUAUAGUCCUCACGUCAUUAUUCACCCUUGCUAGCUAAAAGUUAUAAUCCAGUUGUAGAAUUUUUGUUAUCCUACAUAAACUCUGGAGGCCAUCUUCUUACGUAUAAGUGAUAGACUCUGACGCCCCAGCUCUCAUAUAGGUUAGCAUUAAGAAUUGACUAGAGACAGGGGUUGGGGAUUUAGCUCAGUGGUAGAGCGCUUGCCUAGCAAGCGCAAGGCCCUGGGUUCGGUCCCCAGCUCCGAAAAAAAGAAAAGAGAAAAAAAAAAAAAAGAAUUGACUAGAAUUAGAGAUUCUACUCUUAUCAGAUAGUCUCUUGAAGACUGGAGAACAGGGACUGGAGAGACAGCUCAGUGGUUAAAGCAUCCCUAAAUCACCAGGCAUACAUGUGGCACAAACACAUAUGUAUUAGCAAAACACUGAAAACACAUAAAACAAGAUAAAUAAAUCUUUUUUUAGAAGAUCAGAGAAUAUUGCCUACUAGUUAUCCAUCAUAGUGCUGGAAUGUUCUACGUAGAGGUACCAGGGUAGAAAAAUAGCCAUCCAUCUUACCAGCCAGGAGAGCUAUGUUACAGUACAGAAGAUCCUGACAAUUGAUCUGACCACUGGUGCAGUAAUGGCACGGGUGUUACGGGAGUCAACAAAUGUUUCUAGCUGAAUUUAAAGCCUGCUCUGCCAGACAGAACUGUCAUUCCUGAUAGUAUCAACGAGGCCAAAAUUCCACAACCGGCUAGGCCCUGGAAUAACAGAGACCUUAAUAUUCCCUAAAUGAGCACAGCACAACGUGGCCCUGAAGUUCUUGUCUUUAUACCCACUAGAUUAGUCCAUCUCCUGCCACUCAGCAGAGAAGCUUAUUUUUGCAGCAGAUAGCUACAACAGAAACUCAAACUGGUCAAAGUGCAGAAAUGAGAUUGUGGGAUGCUCAACCCUAAAUGGGAUGUCUGUGACACACUCCUUCACCCGAGGCUCAGGGAUCAUUGUGGAAGAAGGAUCAGAAGGACCAUAAGUGUCAGAGGGAACAGGCACGUGCAUUCAAACAGCAUGCUGGGAAAGACAGCACUGCUGCUCACAAGAGCUCACAAUAGCGAUGGCUAUGUAUGUAAGGCCGACACGAGAUCAAGUUAGCCAAAAUUCCAGCAUGGUCGCAGAAGGGGCUCAUGAAGUGCCACUCCAACAAAAAACUAUCGAUGACAACUGAUGGCUUCUGCUUGAUGGAGAGUCAAUUUUCUUCAGGGAUGCAAUGACCGAGAGACUAUGUAUGCUCCGGUAGAUUGUCCUACACUCAGGCACUUACAGCAACACUGAGUUGACUCAGUGAAUUUAAAAAAGAGAACACAUGAAAUUGAGAGGGAAAAGUGGAGGGGAGACUGGGGAAGAGGUUGGAGGGGAGGGAAAUAGGUGCAUUUAAUCAAAGCAUGUUACAUUCAUGCAUGAAAUUCUCAAACAAAAAGCUCAUAUACAUAAAAUAAAAGACUAUAGCGGCUGGAGAGAACUCUUGGUGGUUAAGAGUACUUGCUGCUCUAACAGAGGACCUGUACAGUUCCCACUACUCCUAUCAGGUGGCUCACAACCUCCUGUUUCAACUUCCUGUUACCUCUGUAACUCUAGUUUCAGAGGAUUCGAUGCCUUCUGGUCUCUGUGGGCACCUGCAGGUAUGUGUCCCUAGACUCAUGCAGAUACACACACAUAUAAAAAAUAAUAAA